CCCGGACCCUUCACACUGCUGCAACCUGAACACAACUAUCGAAAACAACCAUCACCUCAAUGCUCAGGAUACUUCAGGAUGGGACAGUUUGCAGGUAAAGAUUCAUUUUGAGUUCGGAUCAAGUUUUCUAAACAUCACAGAAAGUCCUCGCGCGUCAUCCUCGUGUUCUGCUGCUUUUAAUGAUGAUCAACGACACUCUGGACUUUGGAGAUCUGGGCACGAACCUUUCUGAGCCGCUUCUCUCUGUCAGCCACAACCUCAGCACGUCAUCUGCGCUCCAGCUGGACUCCAAGUCUCUGGUCACUUCAGCCACCAUGUUCGCAGUGGGAGUUCUGGGAAACCUCAUCGCCAUAGUUGUGCUGUGCGUCUCCAAAAAGGAGCAGAAGGAAACCACUUUCUACACGCUGGUCUGCGGGAUGGCCAUCACGGAUCUGUUGGGGACCUGUUUCACGAGCCCCGUGGUGAUAGCCACGUAUGUGGCCAACCGCUGGCCCGGAGGAGCGCUGCUCUGCCACUUCUUCUCCUUCUCCAUGCUCUUCUUCGGCUCAGCAGGCAUGUCCAUCCUGUGCGCAAUGGCCGUGGAGCGCUACUUGGCCAUAAACCAUGCGUAUUUCUACUCCCAGCACAUAGACCGAACCAUGGCGCGGUUUGCGCUCCUGGUCACCUACCUGGCCAACAUUGUGCUCUGCAUUAUGCCCAGUUUUGGCUUCGGGAAGCACGUCAGGCACUUCCCCGGGACUUGGUGCUUUCUAGACUGGAGGGCGAUGGAUCCAGUCGGAGCUUGUUACUCCUUCCUGUACGGCGGCGUGAUGCUGGUGCUGAUUGCAGUGACGGUUCUGUGUAACUUGGCGGUGUGUAGGUCGCUGGUGGGGAUGAACCAGAGGACGGGGAUCGUCAGGACGGAGCUGUGUGAACCGGGAGGCUCGCGUCGCCGCUUCCCCCGGCUGCCAUCGGUCGCAUCUGCAGCGGAGAUCCAGAUGUUCUGGCUUCUGGUCUUCAUGACCAUCGUAUUCCUGGUCUGCUCCAUCCCUCUCGUGGUGAGACUCUUCGUAAACCAGCUGUACGAUCCUGCCUACAUCUCUGCUGGAGGGAAGCCAGACUACCGGAGCGACCUGCUGGCCAUCCGCUUCGCCUCAUUCAAUCCCAUCCUAGACCCCUGGGUGUACAUUUUGUGCAGGAAGAACCUGCUGCUAAAGAGCUGCGAGAAGCUAAAAAGGACAGCUGCUCGGGUCAAAGACGGUCGAGGAGAGAAUAUUGGCUGGGCAGGAGGCCAGAACUCCCCUCCGUCUUUAAACAGCGACGACACCAGCUACGCGUCAUUACGCACAGCCAGCUACAGGAACGAUGUGGAGUACCAGGUGUCCAUCAAGAAUAAAUCCUUUACAGACUUCGCUAAGAGACAGGCGUGGGAGUAUGACACCGCCCGGGUCAACUUUCACCCGUUCAGCGUGGAAUCGACCGCGAUCCUCGGCUGUGAGGAGGAAGAAGUAGCUCGAUCCAAACAGGAGGCGGCGGAGAAGGAUUCUCCUCCAGGACGCAGCGCGACGCCGCUGAACUCUGCGCACGUCCGUAAAGUAGACAUAGUGACCUGCACGUUUAGCACACCGAGCUCCUGUCAGUCUGCGAAAUGUCUCUGAUGGACUUCUGUGUUCUCCCAACGUCAGUUUUCAGAUAUUACAGGCAGCUACUUCACCUGCACAACGAACAGGUAGUUUCUAAUGAAACUGCUCCAAACUACUUUAUGACAUUUGAUGGUUCUGAACCACCAAAGAGCUCAGUCUUCUUGACUAAAUAAAGGCUUGAAACAUCACUCAGCAAAACUGUGACUGAAAGAAUCUCAGCAUCAAUAAUAGGUCACAUAUUCAUGUGAUCUAACCACACGAAGACUCUUGAAAUCUGAUCCUGGACAAGUGUUCCUCCUACUAGGAUCAAACACAAACACACAAGCAGUGCAGUUCUGUGCAAUCUGUGCAUUUGCAUUCACCUAUAGCUCAUAUGACUGUUUGCACUGUAAACUUUGUGGAUUUUGAAGGAGCAGGGAAUCACUAGUGGUGAAAGUUUUGAUGCUGACACAAAAAUGUUCAGCAAAAAUGAAAACUAGUAAACUUAAUGGGGCCACUGGCUGCAGUUCUUUUGUCUGUAUAAAAGGAUUUCAGCUGAAUGAACACAGACAUGGCAUUAGAGGAUGUCUGUGCUGACAAUUUCCAAAACUGGAAACUUGACUAAAUCUUAUCAUACCCCAUGGGUACAAAUAAAAUGUGCAACAUUCUAUGAGCUUGGUCCACUGUAUGAAUCCAUGUGUGCCAUUCACACUCCGUGUUUUUCUAUUCUGUGUUGUUGUUACACAUUAUUUCUGUGAGCCUUUGUUUCUAAAUCCACAUGCUGCUAACUUGCUCUGUGCCAUUAACAGUGUUGCAUGAUACUGGGAAAACUGAAUGUACAGAUUUGAAUUUGUUGAAUAUUUGUAUUGCAUAUUUGCAGAAAAUGUUUUGAUAUUUGCAGUUGUAAACAGCCAGUGUGAACAUAUCUCCUUUAAGGAAAAAACUAACUCUGCUGCUGUAUGACGUGAGGUGUUUGAUGGAUGUGUUGGUGGAUCUGUGCAGAGAAAUAAAAUGACCCUGAAGACGGCAAACUGAAGAACUUUA